AUGUUUUUUCGAAAAGAAAGUCGAGUGAGUAAGUCUUUCCUGCCAGUACAGAGCCUCUACAUUAUCAAGACUUUAUCAGUAGCCUCCCCACGGUGCCACACGGUAACUGAUUGCAACAAAUCAGACGAAUUUGUUGGGGAUCUCGGAGCAGCAAGGGCCCCAGAAAUGCAAUGUGUAGGCCCACUGGUAUGUGGGCAUGCCCUAGCACUCAUUAACCUUGCCCCAACUAUAGAUUUAGGAAACUUUCCUAACAGAAGAAAACUCUUAACAUCAAAACCAACGGUCAGUGAAAGAAUAACAGCAAGACUAAAUACAAAACCUAUAAAGACAUCAAUCAUCAAAGUCUAUUCUCCAUCAAAUGAAGCUGAUAAAGAAAUUAAGAUAGAAUUUUAUGAAAUGCUUCAAGCUGAGAUAGAGAAAAUCCCGAAAAAAGACCAAACAAUCAUCAUGGGAGAUUUUAAUGCUAAAGUAGGACAAGACAACAGUGGUUUUGAGAGAAUAAUGGGAAAACAUGGCUGUGGGAUCAUGAACGAAAAUGGAGAACAUCUAGUAGACUUUUGUGGACUGAACAAUCUUGUAAUAGGUGGAACAUUGUUCCGACACAAGGAUGUCCAUAAGCUGACUUGGGUAUCACAUGAAGGCAAAGAUAAAAACCAGAUCGACCACAUAGCAAUUAAUGGCAAGUGGAGGAGAUCCUUACAGGAUGUGAGAGUAAGGCGAGGAGCUGAUGUUGGAAGUGACCUUCAUCUUGUCACAGCAAACAUCAAACUCAAACCAAUGAGAGCAUCAGAACCUUGCAGGGUACAGAGAUUCGACACAGGGAAACUCAGACACAUGAAAACCAACCAUGACUUCAAAUUAGAACUGAAGAAUCGCUUUCAACUCUUAGAACAACUAAAAAGUAACAACACUGAAGAAAGUGAAACAGUAGAUGAACAAUGGCAAGAAGUUGAAGAUCUGUUUAAACAGACCAAUGAAAAAAUAUUGGGUUUCAAACACCAAAAGCACAAAGAAUGGAUCAAACAAGAGACAUGGAUGUUGAUUGACAACAGGAAAGAGUUAAAGAAAAAGAUCUGCAACACUCACUCUGAUAGACUAAAAGACAGACUAAUGGGCCAAUACUCCAACUGUAACAAGGACGUUAAGAAAGCCACCAGAAAAGAUAAAAAAGAUUUUAUCGAGGGAUUGGCUCUAGAGGAUGAAAAAGCUGCGUCUGAGCAAAGAAUGGGCGACCUUUACCAAAUUACAAAGAAACUUUGUGGUCUAAAAAGAAACACCAACAUGCCAGUAAAAGACAAACUGGGUAACAUUAUAACAUCUGAAAGAGAACAAGAGAAUAGAUGGAAUGAGCACUUCAAAGAAGUAUUAAAUAGGCCAGAACCAAAAACAACAGUAAACAUACCCAUAGCAGAGAGAUUAAUGUUACAUUCGUGA